GCUGGGGGCGCGCGGGGCGCGGGCGGCGCCCAGGGCGCUGCACCUGUGGGCGCGGGGCGAGCGGCCCCUCCCGGCGCGCGCGGGCGCAGCUCCCCGGCGGCUCCGCUAGGGGUCUCUCUCGGGCGCCGAGCGGGGCGGGCCGCAUCAGCUGACUCGCCGGGCUCCGAGCCCCGCCGCCGCGCUCCGGCUCCGUCAGUUUCCUCGGCAGCGGUAGGCGAGAGCACCCGGAGCAGCGCGAGCGCGGGGCCCCCGAGACAGCGGCGGCGGCGCGGGCAGAGCAAGGGCGCGGCGGACCCCACUCGCACAGCAGCGCACUCGGUGCCCCGCGCAGGGUCGCGAUGCUGCCGGGCUUGGCACUGCUCCUGCUGGCCGCCUGGACGGCUCGGGCGCUGGAGGUGCCCACUGACGGCAAUGCCGGCCUGCUGGCUGAACCCCAGAUUGCCAUGUUCUGUGGCAAACUGAACAUGCACAUGAACGUGCAGAAUGGGAAGUGGGAGUCAGAUCCGUCGGGGACCAAAACCUGCAUUGGCACCAAGGAGGGCAUCCUGCAGUAUUGCCAAGAAGUCUACCCUGAACUGCAGAUCACCAAUGUGGUCGAAGCCAACCAACCAGUGACCAUCCAGAACUGGUGCAAACGGGGCCGCAAGCAGUGCAAGACCCACGCCCACAUUGUCAUUCCCUACCGCUGCUUAGUUGGUGAGUUUGUCAGCGAUGCCCUUCUCGUUCCUGACAAGUGCAAAUUCUUACACCAGGAGAGGAUGGAUGUGUGCGAAACCCAUCUCCACUGGCACACCGUCGCCAAAGAGACAUGCAGUGAGAAGAGUACCAACUUGCAUGACUAUGGCAUGUUGCUGCCCUGUGGAAUCGACAAGUUCCGAGGGGUAGAAUUUGUGUGUUGCCCGCUGGCCGAGGAAAGUGACAAUAUCGAUUCUGCUGAUGCAGAGGAGGAUGACUCUGAUGUCUGGUGGGGCGGAGCAGACACAGACUAUGCAGAUGGGAGUGAAGACAAAGUUGUAGAAAUAGCAGAGGAAGAAGAAGUGGCUGAUAUUGAGGAAGAAGCUGAAGAUGACGAGGAUGAUGAGGAUGGUGAUGAGGUAGAGGAAGAGGCUGAGGAACCCUAUGAAGAGGCUACAGAGAGAACCACCAGCAUCGCCGCCACCACCACCACGACCACGGAGUCUGUGGAAGAGGUGGUUCGAGAGGUGUGCUCUGAACAAGCCGAGACGGGGCCAUGCCGAGCAAUGAUCUCCCGCUGGUACUUUGAUGUGACUGAAGGGAAGUGUGCCCCGUUCUUUUACGGCGGAUGUGGCGGCAACCGGAACAACUUUGACACGGAAGAGUACUGCAUGGCCGUGUGUGGCAGCGUCAUGUCCCAAAGUUUACUCAAGACCACCCAGGAACCUCUUCCCCAAGAUCCUGUUAAACUUCCUACAACCGCUGCCAGCACCCCUGACGCCGUUGACAAGUAUCUCGAGACACCUGGAGAUGAGAAUGAACACGCCCAUUUCCAGAAAGCGAAAGAGAGGCUUGAGGCUAAGCACCGAGAAAGAAUGUCCCAGGUGAUGAGAGAAUGGGAAGAGGCAGAACGUCAAGCAAAGAACUUGCCUAAAGCUGAUAAGAAGGCGGUUAUCCAGCAUUUCCAGGAGAAAGUGGAGUCUCUGGAACAGGAAGCGGCCAACGAGAGACAGCAGCUGGUGGAGACACACAUGGCCAGAGUGGAAGCCAUGCUCAACGACCGCCGCCGCCUGGCCCUGGAGAACUACAUCACCGCCCUGCAGGCCGUUCCUCCCCGGCCUCGUCAUGUGUUCAACAUGCUAAAGAAGUAUGUCCGUGCAGAACAGAAAGACAGACAGCACACCCUGAAGCAUUUUGAACACGUGCGCAUGGUGGAUCCCAAGAAAGCAGCCCAGAUCCGGUCCCAGGUUAUGACACAUCUCCGUGUGAUUUAUGAGCGCAUGAAUCAGUCUCUCUCCCUGCUCUACAACGUGCCUGCAGUGGCUGAGGAGAUUCAGGAUGAAGUUGAUGAGCUGCUUCAGAAAGAGCAAAACUACUCGGAUGAUGUCUUGGCCAACAUGAUCAGUGAACCAAGAAUCAGUUACGGGAAUGAUGCCCUCAUGCCAUCUUUGACUGAAACGAAAACCACCGUGGAGCUUCUUCCCGUGAACGGCGAGUUCAGCCUGGACGAGCUCCAGCCGUGGCAUUCCUUUGGGGCCGACUCCGUGCCAGCCAACACAGAAAACGAAGUCGAGCCUGUUGACGCCCGCCCUGCUGCCGACCGAGGACUGACCACUCGACCAGGUUCUGGGUUGACAAACAUCAAGACGGAGGAAAUCUCUGAAGUGAAGAUGGAUGCAGAGUUCCGGCAUGAUUCGGGAUAUGAAGUUCAUCAUCAAAAAUUGGUGUUCUUUGCAGAAGAUGUGGGCUCAAACAAAGGUGCAAUCAUUGGACUCAUGGUGGGCGGCGUUGUCAUAGCAACAGUGAUUGUCAUCACCUUGGUGAUGCUGAAGAAGAAACAGUACACAUCCAUCCAUCAUGGGGUGGUGGAGGUGGACGCCGCCGUGACCCCAGAGGAGCGCCACCUAUCCAAGAUGCAGCAGAACGGCUACGAAAACCCAACCUACAAGUUCUUCGAGCAGAUGCAGAACUAGACCCCCCCGCCACAGCAGCCUCUGAAGUUGGACAGCAGAACCAUUGCUUCACUACCCAUCGGUGUUCGUUUAUAGAAUAACGUGGAAAGAAACAAACCCGUUUUAUUAUUUACUCAUUACCGCCUUUUGACAGCUGUGCUGUAACACAAGUAGAUGCCUGAACUUGAAUUAAUACACAAAUCAGUAAUGUAUUCUCUCUCUCUCUCUCUUCACAUUUUGGUCUCUACACUACAUUAUUAAUGGGUUUUGUGUACUGUAAAGAAUUUAGCUGUAUCAAACUAGUGCAUGAAUAGAUUCUCUCCUGAUUAUUUAUCACAUAGCCCCUUAGCCAGUUGUAUAUUAUUCUUGUGGUUUGUGACCCAAUUAAGUCCUACUUGAAAUAUGCUUUAAGAAUCGAUGGGGGAUGCUUCAUGUGAACGUGGGAGUUUAGCUGCUUCUCUUGCCUAAGUAUUCUUUUCCUGAUCACUAUGCAUUUUAAAGUUAAACAUUUUUAAGUAUUCCAAAUGCUUUAGAGGAUUUCUUUUUCCAUGAUUGCAUUUUAUUGUACAGAUUGCUGCUUCUGCUAUAUUUGUGAUAUAGGAAUUAAGAGGACACACAUUUGUUUCUUUGUGCCUGUUUUAUGUGCACACAUUAGGCAUUGAGAAUUUGAACUUUUUUUGUCCACAUAUCUUUGGAUCUUUGAUAAAGAAUCCCUGUUCCUUGUAAGCACUUUUACGGGUGGGAGGGGGGAACGCUCUGCUGGUCUUAAAUUACCAAGAAAUUCUCCCAAAAAAUUUUCUGCAGAAUGAUUGUACAGAAUCAUUGCUUAUGACAUGAUAGCUUUCUACACUGUAUUACAUAAAUAAAUUAAAUAAAAUAACCCUGGGCAAGACUUUUCUUUGAAGGAUAACUAUGGACAUCAAGUAGUCUUAAGUAAUUUUGGGUGUGGGGCAAAAGAGGCAGAUUGAAUUUCCUUUAACUGGUCUCCAACUUUAUUUAUGAUAUCAAAAGAAGAUGAAAAUGGAAGGGACAAAUAAGGGAAUGGGGAAAGGCAUGUCUGGACAAACACUUCUUUAAGAUUUGUCUUCAAUUUGUAUAAAAUGGUGUUUUCAUGUAAAUAAAUACAUUCUUGGAGGAG